GCAGUGAACGUGAAGGCGGGCGGCGGGUCCCGCCCGCGACGUAGACGCGGCUCGGGGAGGAGCUGAGCGAGCCCCAGCUAGUCUCUAUGGUGCCGCGGAAGCGCCUCUUCUGCGCGUCGGGGAGGACGUCGCCCCUUUAAUCGGCGGAGGGCGGCACCGAGGAGCUCCCGCGAGAGCGGCGGGGGGCGGGGGGCGGUGCCGAGGCCGGGGGCCCGUGGCGGAUGGAGCCCGCGAUGGAGCCGGAGACUCUGGAGGCGCGAAUCAGGCUCAGCUCCUCACACCACACUCCACCCUGGCGGAGCUUCUUGCAGACCCUCCCUGUGCCCCUCUUCCCGUCUGCUCUGACACAGCUCCCUGCUGCUGAGGCUCAGGGUCCUGCACGCCCUCCAGCCCGGCCCCGUCCUGGGCUCUCAGCUCCCUCUCCUGGACCGGGCCUUGCUUCUCCAUAGGCCAGUGGCAGUGCUGUCCCACGUCCUUCCUCCCGACAGGCCCCUUUCUGUGCCGGGCACACAGAAAGGCCCUUGGGUCCGUCGUCAGCUCAGCACCUUGACCCCCGGCACGCCAGUGAGCUGUGCAGGGUGAUCCGGGGGGCCUGGCCAGUCACCCUGAAGCCAGGCUUGAACAGGGCGGAAACCCUGAUUCUGGCCCCAGAACUGCACUGUCCCCAGGGACGCUUCACCAGCUGGCUGAUGCCAGGGAGGGGUGGAAGGUGGCCCUCAGUGACUGUCAAGGCUGUUUUGAAAUGCCACAAGUGUCCAGACAAAGCCACGAACCCCCUGAACAAGGAGCUCAACUGGACUAGCAUCAACGGCUUCUGUGAGCAGCUCAACGAGGACCUGGAAGGGCCUCCACUAGCCACCCGGCUGCUGGCGCACAAGAUCCAGUCCCCGCAGGAGUGGGAGGCCAUCCAAGCCCUGACGGUGUUGGAAACAUGUAUGAAGAGCUGUGGCAAGAGGUUCCAUGAUGAAGUGGGCAAGUUCCGUUUCCUCAACGAGCUUAUCAAGGUCGUGUCUCCCAAGUACCUGGGCUCUCGGACGUCAGAGAAGGUGAAGAAUAAGAUCUUGGAGCUCCUGUACUGCUGGACGGCGGGCCUGCCAGAAGAGGUGAAGAUCGCAGAGGCCUACCAAAUGCUGAAGAAGCAGGGCAUCGUGAAGUCAGACCCCAAACUUCCAGACGACGCCACCUUCCCGGUCCCUCCCCCACGACCCAAGAAUGUGAUCUUUGAGGAUGAGGAGAAGUCCAAGAUGCUAGCGCGCCUGCUCAAGAGCUCCCACCCCGAGGAUCUCCGGGCGGCCAACAAGCUCAUCAAGGAGAUGGUGCAGGAGGACCAGAAGCGGAUGGAGAAGAUCUCGAAGCGGGUGAGUGCCAUCGAGGAGGUGAACAACAACGUGAAGCUGCUGACAGAGAUGGUGGUGAGCCACGGCCAGGGCGGCGCAGCGGCCCACAGCAGUGAGGAGCUCAUGAAGGAACUGUACCAGCGCUGUGAGCGGAUGCGGCCCACUCUCUUCCGCCUGGCCAGUGACACUGAGGAUAAUGACGAGGCCUUAGCGGAGAUCCUGCAGGCCAACGACAACCUCACCCAGGUGAUCAACCUGUACAAGCAGCUGGUACACGGAGAGGAGGUGAAUGGCGACGCCACGGCUGCUUCCAUUCCCGGUAGCUCUUCAGCCCUGUUGGACCUCUCAGGCCUAGAUCUGCCUCCCUCUGGCACCACCCACCCAGCCAUGCCACUGCAGCCUGGCAGCCAGGCCAGUCCUGAGCAGCUCAGCUCCGCAGUCUCUCUGCUUGACGAUGAGUUCAUGUCGCUGGGCCUCAGUGACCCCGCAGCCCCUGCAGGCCCAAGCUUGGAUGGUGCAGGCUGGAACAGCUUCCAGUCAUCUGAAGCAGCUGAGCCCCCCGCCCCCAACGCCGACAGCCGGCCUCCGGCACAGGCGCCCUUGCCAGUGAGCACCGGCCUGGACGACCUGGACCUCCUAGGAAAGGCCCUCCUGCAGCAGUCACUGCCUCCUGAGGCCCAGCAAGUGCGGUGGGAGAAGCAGCAGCCAGCGCCCCGGCUCACGCUCCGGGACCUGCAGAAUAAAAGCAACUGCAGCUCAGCCGGCUCUGGAGCCACGGGCCUCCUGCACAGUGUGUCCCCAGAGCCCCCUGGACCCCUGCGGCAGCCUGCCCCGACUGAGCUGUCACUGGCCAACAUCACUGUGCCCCUGGAGUCCAUCAAGCCCAGCAGCAUCUUGCCGGUGACCGUGUAUGACCAGCAUGGCUUCCGGGUCCUCUUCCAUUUUGCUCGAGAUCCCCUGCCUGGGCGCUCGGACGUGCUGGUGGUGGUAGUCUCCAUGCUGAGCACCGCGCCCCACCCCAUCCGCAACAUCGUUUUCCAGUCAGCAGUGCCCAAGGUAAUGAAGGUGAAGCUACAGCCACCCUCGGGCACAGAGCUGCCUGCCUUCAACCCCAUCAUCCACCCCUCUGCCAUCACCCAGGUCCUGCUCCUUGCCAACCCCCAGAAGGAGAAGGUUCGCCUGCGCUAUAAGCUCCUCUUCACCAUGGGCGACCAGACCUACAACGAGAUGGGGGAUGUGGACCAGUUCCCCCCACCCGAGACCUGGGGGAAUCUCUAGAACAGAGAGGGGCUGGGGAGAGGAGUGGGCAGUGGGACUGGCCAUUGUUUAGUCUGAGCGGGAUACAGUGAUGGCCCAGGACACCCUCCGUCCCCAUGGCCAUACACCCCUGGGCCAGGUGCUUCUCCCCUUGCCCCUGGGACCCCCCUCCCCAAGUGACUCUGCCUUCUCUAUCCUGGCCCUCUCCCCUGCUGAGCCAAGCCCAGUAGGAGCUUGGGCCUAGGUUGACAUAAUUGGGGACUUUCACCCCCCAGGCUUCAAGGUGGGAGCCUGGAGCCAAGGAGGGCGGUGUGCCCUUGGAAGUACUUAGGGUUGUGGGGCAGAAGCAUGGCCAUCGGACAAGGGCCAGGACCUUGGACUCAGCCAGACCCCAGCCUGGGGGACGUCCUCCCCACCUUAUGUCUCGUAUGCCUUACGGGAAGGCCCAGCCAUAACUUGGGGGGGGUCAUGCUGGAGCCGGGGACAGGCUCAGGCCUCCUCCAUAGGAAUCGGGUGACUGGGGUUGACGCCUGCACCCCCAGCUGUUUGUACUUUGGUGUGUGGUUAGACUCUUUGCUUUUCUUUUUGAAGGGCUCUGUGGUCACUGGCUCAGGAGGCCCAGAUGGGGGUCUCCAUCCGUUCCUGCCCCCUCUUGAGGGGUCGCCCUCCACCCACUUAACCCCUUAGCUGUCAGUCUCCUGGGGGUGUGAGAUUGUGUGACUGCUGACCCAGGGGACGUGCAGAGAGGGCUACCCCAGCUCAGGCUCUGGGGCCUGGGUCUCCCUGAUCUGUGACCCCACUGGGGCCUCCUGUGGAGUCUCUCUGUGCAUCUGUCCAUAGGCAGAAGUGGGGUCACUGUGAGUGAGGAGUAUUUAUGGAAAUAAACGUCUUUUUUCCUGGA